AUAUAGACCACCAACGCACGAGGAGGAAGAAAGAUCAAAAAGCCAUCGUUUUGAAAGCUGAGAGAGCGAGAGAGAAAGUAGAGAGAGAAACGCAAAAACAAGAAAACCAAACACUGUGUGUGAGCGAGUCUCUGUGUGUGAGAGUGAAAGAAGAAAAAGAACAAAAAAAAAAAAAAAACCCAAACCAAAAUCCAAAAAACAGAAACGCUUUCUACAGUUUAUCACACUAGUUCUCUAUCUCUAUCUCUUUCUACAAGCGCACCCCAUUUGAUCGGAGUCUCAUUCUGUUAAUUGUCCGAAAGCCGGUACAAUUUCCUCCGUUCCCGUCCGGUUCCGUGGUUUUCGGGAUGGACCGGUACGGUCGGACCCAGGAAGGCUCGCAGUCCGAUCCGUCACCGGAAUGGACGGCUCCGGGACCUGAAACUGGGUUUGAAGAGGGUGUUUGGCAGCUGGGAUUAGGGGAAAGGGAAUCCGGGUACCCGGAGAGACCUAACGAGGCGGAUUGUAUCUAUUACUUGAGGACCGGAUUUUGCGGGUACGGGGCUAGGUGUCGGUUCAAUCACCCGCGUGACCGUGGCGCGGUAAUAGGAGCUACAAGAGCUGGCGCUGGGGAGUUCCCUGAGCGAGUGGGCCAGCCCGUGUGCCAGUAUUACAUGCGGACAGGGAUGUGCAAGUUUGGUGCUUCCUGCAAGUACCACCAUCCUAAACAGGGAGGUGGUUCUGUUAGCCCGGUGUCACUAAAUUAUUAUGGGUACCCAUUACGUCAGGGUGAAAGGGAGUGUACAUACUACGUAAAAACUGGGCAUUGUAAAUUUGGUGCAACAUGUAAAUUCCAUCACCCACAGCCAGCUAACCUACAAAUCCCAGCGCAGUCAGUGGCUCCUCAAGUUGCACCUUUGCCUUCUCCUGUAGCAGCUUCUACAUUAUAUCCUACAGUGCAGUCUCCAUCUGUUCCUUCCACUCAACAGUAUGGAAUAGUAGUUGCGAGGCCUUCUCUUCUGCCUGGCUCAUAUGUACAAGGUCCUUAUGGUCCAAUGGUGCUUUCCCCAGGUGUAGUUUCCUAUCCAAGUUGGAGUUCCUACCCGGCACCUGUAAGUCCAGUUGCAUCUCAUAGUACUCAGCCAGGAGUUGUAUCAGGUUCUGUGUAUGGGAUAACACAGCUGUCUCCUUCAGCAUCCGCUUAUACUGGAAUUUAUCAACCCAUCUCUACUUCAAUUGGUCCGUCAAGCAGCAGCCAGAAGGAACGCUCGUUUCCAGAAAGACCUGGCCAACCAGAAUGCCAGUAUUACAUGAAAACUGGUGAUUGUAAAUUUGGAUCAUCAUGUAGAUAUCAUCAUCCACCAGAAUUGAUUGCACCAAAAACAACUGUUCUUCUUAGCCCCAUUGGUCUUCCUUUGCGUCCGGGUGCACCAACUUGUACCCACUAUACACAACGAGGACAAUGCAAGUUUGGACCUGCAUGCAAAUUUGACCAUCCAAUGGGAACAUUGAGUUACAGUCCAUCUGCAUCUUCUCUCGCUGAUAUGCCUGUUGCACCUUACGCUGUGGGCUCUUCAAUCGGUACUCUAGCACCAUCAUCGUCAUCUUCAGAAUUGCGACCUGAACUUCUUUCAGGGUCAAGCAAGGACUCCAGCUCAACCAGAAUGUCUUCAUCAUCAAGCACAUCUAGUGUAUUGGUGGGUUCGACCUUUUCAAAGAGUGGGCCUGUUCCUUAUUCAAGUGUGCAACAGUCUAGCCAGAGCUCUGGCCAUUCAACAGGGAGCAGCAGCAAAGAGGCCCAUACCUCAAGCUAAGCAAAAUAUCAAACAACUUUUUUGAUCAAAUUCAUAUCUUUUCCCCCUUCUUUUUUCUUUUUCAAUCCCUCAAAUAGGAGGCUUCAUUUCUUGGCCACAAUGGUUCCACAAUUAAAGCCUAGAACACGUGAGGUCUGAUAAUUGUGUUCAUACAAUCUUACAGCCAUCUCUUUUGUCUUGAAUAAGCUAUGGUCAACCCUCAAAAUGUUCAGCAAAACCCCACAUAGCCUUCUGCUUUUCUUUCGAAUAACCAACAAGAUCUGCACUUCCCUUAGGCAAAUCUCUAUCCAUGUCUCCAAUUUUUUGGAGUUUGUUGUGUUUAUUUAUGCUGCAAUCCUUUUCAAAAAUGAAAAUGAUCAGUUCCUAUAGCAUUCUUCUUUUUACAUCAGCUGUGUCUUCACGUCAAUCAUUUUACAGUUUUCUUUAUAUUUGGGAACAGGCUUUCCAAUUUGUCCAGAUAGGAAUUUGAAGGUUUCCUGGUUCCCCCACUUUUUGUCUGGGGUUUAUUAUGAAAAAGAGAAGUAAUCACAGAGACUCAAAAGGAGGCAUCCAAAUGCUACCUUACAUGUGAUUAGGUACAUAAUUAUGUUGUGACAAUUGAAAUGCUCGACACUGUUAUUGAUAAAUUUAUUAUGAAAUACGUAUAUAUGAAGAAUCACUCUUGAUUCUGUAAUUAUCAUA